UUUGAUUUAAUUGUUUGAUUGUAAUUUGUUUCUAUUAUUUAAUUGUAAAUAAUUAAUAUCUCAAUUAACUGAUCAACUUUACCUAAUCACCUGUUGUAUGGUUUUCAUCUGAAUUUCUAUUGCCUGGACUGAGACAUUGUUAUUGAUAAAAUUUGACUUGAAGCUUUUUGGUUACAUGAAAAUGACAAAAGUAAAAGACACUUGAAUUAAAUGACAUUUAUAAUUGUUGUCGUUUAAUAAUUUGAAUUGUUUUUUUUUCUUGUUUACUUUGAAUUUCCCCUAAUUGCCAAUGGCUGAAUUAACACAAUCAGGUGUUGGUCAAUUAAAUUCAAUACCUUUACUUUUAACUAGUAAAGUUUGUGAUACUCAAUUUACUCAAGCAAUUUCAUUGAUUGCCAAUUAUCAUCCUCCCAACGAUGCCAAUAAAAAUGAUAACAAUAAUAAUAACAUGAAUGACAAUCAACAGGCCCAACAAUUAAAUUUACCAGCAACAAUUUCAGGAUUUACUACCACUACUACUUUAACUGGAGACAAUCAAUACCAAUUAACUUACGAUGGACAAGAAAAUUAUUUCCUCACAAUUAAACAGUCAACAUUUUCAUUGCCAUUAGUAACCCAAGUCAUUGAUUGUGAGAAUCCGUUUCCGGCUGUUCAACAAUUCCUACUAUAUCCUAGUUCAUUAACAGUUAAUCAACAUCCAAACCAACCUCUGGCCCCUGUUACCCAACAAUUGAUUAAAAAACAAACCAAUUCAUUGCCUACCGGAUCACCAACCAAUUCAAAAUUAUCUAAAAGGACAUCAUCUUUGCCAGAUUUUUCAUCGUUGUUAAAUUUAACGACAGAACCAGAAGUGAAACCGAAUCUUAUUCAAUCACAGUCUACGAAAAAAUGUCAACAAUCAGCGCAAAAUCAUCAUCAACGGAAUCAGAAUAAUAAUCAGACUAUCCUGAAAUCUAACGAAACAGCGCAAAAUCGUAUCUCUCAUUACCACCAUUCCCAUCAAAUUGAGUAUCACAAUCCAAUUGAACAACAUCAACUUCCAGUUAUCAUUAAUAAUCAACAAUUAAAACAAAAUCAACAAAAAAACCACCUAGAUAAACCUAAUGUAGAGACAUCAAACCACCAACAACAACAACAGCAACAACAAACAUCAACAACUAAAUUAUUACCAACCAGACUAAUACUUAAUAAAACUUUUCCACAAAGGACGAUUUCUUUGCCAGAUUUUUCAUCUCUAAUGAACAUGAAGACAGAUGAAUCAGAGACUCAUCUAAAUUUGACCCACCACCACCAACACCAACACCAACAGCUGAACCUUAACUUUAACCAUAAUCCAACUAUCCAAAAACACCAACAAUUGUGUAGUGAUGAUAAACAAUCAAUGAUGAUGACCACGGAUGACAUGUGUACCAAUAACUCAAUGGAUAAGAAUAAGGAAUCGUUGAAGGUUAAAUUGAUGUUACGACGACCAAUUCAACAGUUGAUUGAACAAGGAAUCAUACCUCCACCAAAACAAUCUCCUGGUAUUUACGAACAGAGUAAAAAGUUGGAAAGAGCUCGAACUGAAGAUUUCCUUAAGCAUAAAAUUCAACGUCGCCCUGACCGUCAAGUCUUAAUUGAGCAACACAUUCUCGAAGAUACAACAGUUAGUCCAACGAUACACAAUAAACAGCGACAAUUAAAAAAAGCUCGUCUAACUGAUGACCUAAAUGACCGUUUAUCCCAUCGACCUGGUCCAUUGGAACUUGUUAAGGGAAACAUUUUACUAACUGAUGGUAAAUUUGCACAAGCCGUUAAAGAGGGACAAAUACAGUUUAAGGCCACUUCUGAAGGAGAGCCAAUUAAACAUCCACCUCCACGAUUUAUCAUUGAAGAGGAAACUAGUUCAGAUGAUUCAGUUUCACCUCCACUAUCAACACAAUCAAUGGUCAACAAUGACUCCAACAAACCACAACAAUUGUUGAUUGAUACCUUUAAUAAUAGUAAUGAUUCAGGUCCCUUAUCCAUUCCGAUGACAACACCUUUAUCAUCAUCAUCAUCAUCAUCAACGACCAAUAAUAACAAUAACAAUACCUUUGAAAGAUUAGCAACAAUACCAACAUCAAAUAAUUACUUUAAUCAACAACAAGGAAUCAAUUGUAUUACUACUACUAAUAAUAAUACCUUAAAUUUUGGCCAAGGUAUUAACUUAAUUCAGCAGAGUAACAACAAUAAUUUAGAUAAUCAAACACUAGCUCUUGGUACCUUUAAUUGCAUUCCAUUAGCAACAACAACACCACCAACCACUUCACCAACAUUAUCAACAGUUUUCCCAACCUUUACCACUGUUACCACAACCAAUGUAAUCAGUAACAAUCAACCUUAUCAAACGGAAAAUGCUGCCAUUACUUUUAAUUCACUAACAAAAAGUUCAUCUUCGGCCUUUUCUAAUACAAUUUUAUCUUCAUCAUCUCCACCCUUAUCAUCAUCGUCAUCAUCAUCAACAACACCUACAACAAUUAAAGAAACCGGUGGACCGAUUUUGACCAAAAAUCGUAAAAAAUCCAAAUCAAAGUCUCAACCUAAGACGAAAACAAUUAAAUUCCAUGAGUAUAAGGGUCCACCGAGCGCUCAAAAAAAUCAAUCAUCAACUAAUUGUAAUACCGAAUCAUCAUACGAAUUGUUACUUAAACAGCAACAAUUAUUUCUCCAGUGGCAAUUAGAAUGGCAAAAUAAAUAUCCACCGAUCAUCUUACCCUCAACUGCUCAGAAAAAUAACAUGGACCAAGUCUCAAUUUCUGGUAAUGGUACUUCCGCUUCCUCUUCAUCCUCAUCCUGUUCAACAAGUAAUUCUUAUAAAAACAAUGGUAACUCCAUUGUCAACUCUUCCGUUUCCACUACUAAUUCAACCUCUAAUAAUAAUAAUGUAAAUACAUUGGUUGGUUCAUCUACAAGUAGUAAUAAUAUUCAAGAAAAUACUAAUAACAAUAACAAUAAUAAUAUUGUUACUUUUGGUAAUUCAAAUGGUUUUACUGCUAAUCAAUCUGGUAAUAGUAAUAAUAAUAACACCAAUCCUGUUAAUUGUGGUAAUAAUAAUGCUAAUCCAAUCACAUCCAUAAUGAUUACUACCUCAACUCGUCCAACAACCGGUGUUGAAAUAAAUGGCUCCCAUAAUAAUAACAAUAAUAAUAAUUCAAAUAAUCAGAUUAUCUCAAAUCAACAUCAUCAACAUGUUAAUUCAUUUGUUGUCUGUGGCAUCAAUUCUGGGUCCAAGAAUAAUAAUAAUAAUAAUAAUCUCAAUGUGAACAGUUUCACUGAUAAUGGAAUUGGAAAUCAUGCUAAUAACAAUAAUAAUACCAAUGGUAAUUGUUUAACUGGAACUACAAAGAUUAUCUUAAAACUGGAAGAUAUGAAAGUUUCCGAUUUAAAAAGUGAAUUAAAGAAACGUAAUCUACCUGUAUCUGGAUCUAAACCUCAACUAAUUGAGCGACUUAAACCUUUCCUGGAACCACCAAUGGCCAAUAAUGGAUUUAAAUCAACUAAUCAGACAAAUGAUGAUAAUAAUAAUAACAAUAAGAAUGGUUAUCUUGAUGAUCCCAUGUCACCAAAUAAUAAUGGGAUGGUCAUUGAUGAACCAGAUAAAUUUAAGGUUACAGUUAAAAGUUCACCAACAGUUACACCCAUGGAGUUGGAUCCAAUUGUUUACACUAAUAUACAAGUUUCUGAUUUUCAAAAUAAGCCAACGAACAGACAAUCCCAACAACAACAACAACAACAACAACAACAACAACAACAACAACAACAGCAACAACCCCAAGGCAAUCAACCAUCAUUUCAAUUACAAUUUCAAAAUCCAUCUCUUUUCACAAAUUCAAAUGGAUCAGUAACAAUACCUUUAGCUUUGGCUAAUCAAUUGCAAAUUGUAACAACUCCAUCUAAUCCAUCAACAACCUCUACUACAACUACUUACAAUAAUCGAGAAAAAUUAACUUACACAACCAACAACAAUCAAGGAAACAAUUUAUCGGCUAUUAUAUCUCCAGGGAAUGCUUCGGCCACUGUUAAAGCCAAUUUAGCUGCUUUCUUACAUCAACAUGCUCAACAACAGCAGAAAACACUUCAUUUACAAUUACAACCUCAAUCCCAACAACAGCAACAACAAUCUAAUCAAUUACAAGGAACAAUUGGUUCAUCAUCUGUUUGUUUAACUAAUCAACUUCCAAUGGGUGAACUAUCCCGAUCAGAGACACAGCAGCAAUUUAGUUCAACGCCUUUACUUUUAACUAGUAAAGUUUGUGAGACUCAAUAUAAUCAACAAAAUGACCAUCAUCUUGAUAAUAGUAAUAAAAAUGGAAACUCAAGUAACAAUCAGCAAAUUCAGCAGCAACAAUUUGAAUCACAGCCAACAACAGGAAUUACUAAUUUCACUGGAGACAAUCAUUUCCAAGUUACUUCCGAUGGGCCAAAUAAAUAUCAUCUCGCUAUUAAACAGUCAACAUUUUCAUUACCAUUAUUAACCCAAGUCAUUGAUUCCAAAAAUCCUUUUCCCACUUUUCAUCAAUUCUUGUUAUAUCCUAGUUCACCAUCAGUUAAUCAACAACAGAAUCAACAGAAUCAACAGCAACAAUCACAACAGAAACAGCCUGUGAUUCCUAAUUUAUGUCGAUUGAAACAAACACGAACCAAUUCAUUGCCUACUGAUUCACCAACCAAUUCAAUUUCUCAAAGGACAUCAUCAUUGCCAGAUUUUUCAUCGUUGUUAAAUAUAACGACAGAACCAGAAGUUAAACCGAUUCAAUCACAGUCUACGAAAAAAUGUCAACAAUCAGCGCAAAAUCAUCAUCAGAAUCAGUCUCAUCUUCUUCAUUCUCACCAGAAUAUGAAUCAAAAUCAGAAUCAAACUUCAAACCAGAAUCAGAAUAAUAUGAAUUCAAAUGCAAAUCAGAAUCAGAAUCAGAAUCAAUCUUUCCUUAAAUCUGAAGAAACAGCGCAAAAUCAUUACCAUCAGUUUCACAAUUCAAUCGAGCAACAAUUAAAUAUUAACAAUCUACAGCAACAACAAUUAGUCCAGAAACAAAAACAGCAAAUAGAUUCACCCAAUUUAGAUACAUUAAGUUCACAACUAUUACAGCAACAAGAACAACAAUUAUCCCCACGAUCAAAUAAUUCACUAAAUUGUGAAUUAUCUCUUACCGAAAGUGUUUCUCAAAGGACAAUAUCUUUGCCAGAUUUUUCCUCAUCCUCAUCACCAUCAUCACCAUCAACAAUAACAUCAUCCACAUCAUCAUCAACAGCAACAACCACAACCACAACAACAACAUUAUCAUCAUCAACAACAACAACAGGAACCUCGAUAUCAACAGUUACUCCACAAGUAACAACAAUAUCAACUUCAUCUUUUGUCUCAGCUUAUCCAACUAUUUCAUCAGAGGAAAUAUCAUUCUCAUCAUCAUCAUCAACAUCCAAGGCAACACCAGUUAUAGUUGAUUCAUCAAAUGAUUUAGAUGAAAAAAUGGAUGGAAUUGAUUUACUUUUUAAUGAUCUCCUAGAUUUUCAAGGAUCUCCCAUGAAUGUUGAUUAUGGUCAUUGGUUGACAGAAAUUAUUUCUGACAAUAAUCCAUUUAAAUUAUCAUCCACAUCUUCAUCAUCCACAUUACCUUUCACCUCCAAUAUAACUGCUACAUCCAUGGAUCAUGAUCCAGUUCUGGCAAACAAUUUAGCUGAAUCUUGUCAUUAUGGUGAUCCUUUGCUCGAUUUAUAUUUUGAUACUGAAAAUUUAACUGACCAAUCAUUGGCUUGAGCUUUUUUCCUCUUCUAAAAUAAAAGGGAAGAAAACAUUUCACACUCUUGAUUUAAAUCCACAGAAUUGCAAUCAAAAUUAAAUUUAAAUUGUUACACAAUUGGAAAUACGAAUUAAAAAUAAAAAGACUUUUAAAAACUA